GGGCGGCUCCGCCUCUUCCCGGCGCCGCCGGUCCCGCCCGUUCCGGUGGUGGCGCCGGCGGGAUGGGGGUCACCUGCGUGUCGCAGGUGCCGGUGGCCGAGGGCAAGAGCGUGCAGCAGACGGUGGAGCUGCUGGCGCGGCGGCUGGAGGCGCUGGGCGCGGACAAGCAGGGCACGUUCGGCGUGGACUGCGAGACCUACCACACCGCGGCCACCCUCGGCACGCAGGGGCAGACGGGGAAGCUGAUGUACGUCAUGCACAACUCCGAGUACCCCCUGAGCUGCUUCGCCCUCUUCGAGAACGGGCCCUGCCUCGUGGCCGACGCCAACUUUGACACCCUCAUGGUGAAGCUCAAGGGCUUCUUCCAGAACGCCAAGGCCAACAAGAUCGAGAGCCGCGGCACCCGCUACCAGUACUGCGACUUCCUGGUGAAGCUGGGCACGGUCACCAUGGGCCCCAGCGCCAGGGGCAUCUCCGUGGAGCUCCAGGGCUCUGGGGAUGUGUUCCCAGGUGGAAUACUGCCCCUGUGUGAUCGCCAACGACUGCUGGAACCUGCUGAUGGAGUUCAUGCAGAGCUUCAUGGGCAGCCACACGCCCGGGAUCCCGUCGGUGUUCGGCUCCAAGCACGACAGCACCUACAGCCCCGGGGACACCAUGGUGCAGUACAUGGAGCUCUUCAACAAGAUCCGCAAGCAGCAGCAGGUGCCCGUGGCUGGCAUCAGGUGAAGAGGAUCCCUGGAGCUCCUGCCUGCAUCCUGAUCCCUCCAGAUCCCCUGGAGCUCCUGCCUGCAUCCUGAUCCCUCCUGGCUGCAUCCUGAUCCUGGCUGGAGCAGGAAUCCCUCCAGAUCCCCUGGAAUUCCUGAUUGCAUCCUGAUCCUGGGAUCCCCAGUCCCUCCAGAUUCCUCCUGAUUCAUCCUGAUCCUGGCUUGAGUCCCUCCAGAUCUCCUGGAAUUCCUGACUCAUCCUGAUCCUGGCUGGAGUCCCUCCAGAUUCCAUGGAAUUCCUAACUGGAUCCUGAUCCUGGCUGGAGCAGGAGUCCCUCCAAAUCUCCUGGAGCUCCUGGCUGCAUCCUGAUCCUGGCUGGAGUCCCUCCAGAUCUCCUGGAAUUCCCAACUGCAUCCUGAUCCUGGCUUGAGUCCCUCCAGAUCUCCUGGAAUUCCUGGCUGCAUCCUGAUCCUGGGAUCCCCAGUCCCUCCAGAUCCCCUGGAAUUCCUAACUGGAUCCUGAUCCUGGCUGGAGCAGGAGUCCCUCCAGAUCCCCUGGAAUUCCUGACUGCAUCCUGAUCCUGGGAUCCCCAGUCCCUCCAGAUUCCAUGGAAUUCCUAACUGGAUCCUGAUCCUGGCUGGAGCAGGAGUCCCUCCAAAUCUCCUGGAGCUCCUGGCUGCAUCCCGAUCCCUUCAGAUCCCUCCUGAUUCAUCUUGAUCCUGGCUGGAGCAGGAAUCCCUCCAGAUCCCCUGGAAUUCCUGACUACAUCCUGAUCCUGAGAUCCCAGUCCCUCCAGAUCCCUCCUGACUACAUCCUGAUCCUGGCUGGAGUCUGUCCAGAUCUCCUGGAAUUCCUGGCUGCAUCCUGAUCCUGGGAUCCCCAGUCCCUCCAGAUCCCCUGGAAUUCCUAACUGGAUCCUGAUCCUGGCUGGAGCAGGAGUCCCUCCAAAACGUGGCACAGGAGGCAGCCCCAGGAGUUUUUCCUUCUGGAUCUUUCCCAUUUCAAAGCUUUGCCGUGUUUAAUCCUGGCAUCCUCCACGGUUUGGGAUUACUGAAUCCAUUGCUUGUGUGGUUUUUUUGGACAGUGUUUCAUGCAGGGAAUCGCUGUUUAUUCACAGGGAAAAGAGAAAUUCCAGCCAAAAGCACGGGCAGAGCUUCUGAGACUACAGAAAUCUCUUACAUUUAUAUUUUUUUAUAUCCACAGCGGUGUUUUGUUGUGUUUCACCCCAAUAAAAGGCUGUUUUGGGA